AUGGUUCAAGUGGUCCUUCCAGCACUUAUUCCAGACAUCCCCAAGGUCUAUGAUGUCUACUUCAACGCCUUUCAGAACGACCAAAUGGGGAAGAUUAUGCUCGAGAUUCUCUUUCCUGGAGUGAUCGACGAUGAGUUCAAAAAAGCACACGCUGCCGGAACAUUGGCCUACUGGCAUACCAGCGGGUCUCAAUACACCUUCAAAUGUGUCGAUACGAGCACUGGAGAGAUUAUUGGCAUGGCCCUCGGCGAUGUUUACCUAUCAGAACGAACAGAGGAAGAGCGGAGAAACCAUGGGGUACCCUGGCUCGCGGGAGAGCAACGAGAGAGGGCUGAGAAGAUUCUGAACCCAUUAUGGGAGGUGAGAGAAAGACUUUUUGGAGGCAAGCGCUAUAUCUAUUGUCAUGUUAUAGGCAUCGACCCGAGGCAUCAAGGACGCAAGGCCGGCGCAUUGCUUGUACAAUGGGGCCUCGACUUGGGUGAGAGAGCGGGUCUGCCCGUCUAUUUCGAGUCUUCUCCUUCAACAGUUGGAUUGUAUAAGAAGAUGGGCUUUGAACUACUGGACGAAAAGAUUAUACACAAGGCUGAAGUUUUGGGGACGGAGGAAGACAUCGAUGUUCCUCUCAUGAUUAAGAUGCCAUCUCUUGCUGGAGGAAUGAGCUUUGCGGAGUGGAAAUCCAAGGGCUACCCUGAGUUUGGAGGCUCGGAUCUUGCACCUAAACUAGCAUAG